AGACUUUGAACGCUUGCUGUAGGACGCUAACGCAAGGCUCGUCACAGCGGUGAACAAGCGAACAGACGCCUUACUGAUUUCGAAGACAAUUUUCACUUUCAAAAUGCUCCAGGAAUUAAACUGCAUGGGAACCAGUGAGGAAGGAGACAUCGGAUUGUGUGGAAAGAUUUUGACAGUUUUGUCACUCAUUGUGGUCGCUUGUACCUUUCCAUUCUCUUUGUUCUUUUGUUUGAAGGUCGUAGCAGAAUAUGAAAGAGCGGUUACCUUUCGACUUGGUCGAAUUACCCCAGGAGGAGCGCAGGGGCCUGGUAUUAUCUUCAUCCUACCAUGCAUUGAUGAAUACUCAAAGAUUGACUUGAGAACAGUCUCGUUUGACGUUCCUCCGCAAGAGGUGCUAACGAAGGAUAGUGUAACAGUGACUGUGGAUGCAGUGGUCUAUUUCAGGAUCUACAACGCAACAAUUUCAGUGGCGAAUGUCAGUGAUGCCCAGGGUUCAACGCGACUGUUGGCACAGACAACACUUCGAAACAUGAUCGGAAGCAAGAACCUAUCAGAAAUCUUUGGAGAUAGAGAGACAAUAAGCAACACAAUGCAGAUGAUCCUGGAUGAGGCAACAGAUCCGUGGGGUGUGAAGGUUGAAAGAGUUGAAAUUAAAGACAUCCGUCUUCCCGUUCAACUACAACGAGCUAUGGCCGCAGAGGCAGAGGCCUCCAGAGAGGCUAGAGCUAAGGUCAUUGCUGCAAAUGGCGAACGUGAAGCUGCACGGUCGUUGAAAGAAGCUUCAGAAGUCAUGUCUGAAUCACCAUCGGCCUUACAACUACGUUACCUUCAAACACUCAACACAAUAUCGGCUGAGAAAAAUUCUACUAUCAUAUUUCCCGUGCCGGUGGAUUUGGUCAACCGUAUUUUGCCUUCUAAAUCUUAACUAGCCUGAUCAGGGACACCGGGACAAAGGGAAUUAAGGAGCUCUCGUUCUCUCUUUUGGAGAGAGGAACAGUUAUUCAGACAUUUGUUUUUAUUUAGUAAAUCAGUUAGUAUAGAUUAUUCCUAAUCUCUGGUCAAAUAAACAUGAACGGAAAACGAGAACUUUCAUGUUAUGCAUGUGUGCAGUUGUGCAUGUGGAUGCAAUGCUCUUUCAUCAAAAUCGAUUCUCGUUCGCUUUCAUCUUGUUUGAUCAGUGAUUUAAAAAUCAAAAUCUAUUUGUAAAAUAGAUGGAAAAUGACCUUAAUUCAUAUACUUAACGAAAGUACUACAGCCAAUUUUGGUGCUUUUCGACGUCCCGGCAUCCCUGGCAUCAUGUAAGAAAUUUUGAUUUAAGAUGGCGUAGAUUACCAAGUUUUAUACAAUAAUUUAUUACGAAAAAAUAAUUUAAUUUAGGCAUUUAAUUUAAUUUCCAAUCUGUAACUUACUUAUUCCCUGGCAAUCAUACAUGGACUUUCUGGGUAUACAUCAUGUUAAUUAGCUUAAUUAGCUGUUUCUAAGUAGAAAGAUAACUUCAGUGUUUGACGUAAUAGCUUCGCAAAAUAUUUACCGAUGACAGAACAAAAAGUAUUUAAGUAUAGUUCUUUAGGUAUCAUAAAUAUAUUGUCGUCAAAACUCAA